UCCACACCUACUACAUCCACCUAUAAAUAAGCUCUGAAUUGGUAAGAUACCGUAAGAAUUGCUAUAAAUUAGAGUGAGGUGCUUUUUGCAAAAUCUUAAAUCUUAAACAAUGGUGCUUUUCACUGGAGUAAUGAACAAAACAGUCACAUUUUCGAUUCCGACUGAUAAUAUUGUCAAUGGCAACAUCAAGAAAGUGGUGAAAGUGACGCCGCCAGGGCCAAGGAAGAAAAUGCAAAUAGCCGUGACAGAGCCAGGGUUGAGAAACAAUGGUCCUUCACCGGACUAUAUAUUGGAUAAUUAUUUAAACACACUUACACAACGAGUCAAGUAUCAUCUUGGUUUUCCCGAAAACAUACGUUAUGAUCACCAUGCCACUUUAGCUCCACUUUUGCAAUUUCACUUGAAUAACUGUGGUGAUCCUUUCACGGAGAACCCUGUGGAUUUUCAUUCAAAAGAUUUCGAAGUGGCUGUUUUGGAUUGGUUUGCCAAAUUAUGGGAAAUUGAACAGGAUGAAUAUUGGGGUUAUGUUACACAUGGUGGCACAGAAGGCAAUCUCCAUGGUAUUUUGGUAGGGAGAGAGUUACUUCCUAAUGGGAUUUUAUACGCAUCAAAAGACUCUCACUAUUCAGUCUUUAAAGCUGCAAGAAUGUACAAAAUAGAUUUGGAAAUGAUCAACACAUCAAUAAAUGGAGAGAUGGACUAUUCAGAUCUGAAAGCAAAAUUGCUUCACAACAGGGACAAACCAGCAAUUAUAAACAUUACUAUUGGAACUACAUUCAAAGGCGCUACUGAUGACAUUGAUGUCAUUCUUCAAACACUUAAAGAUUGUGGCUAUUCCCACGAAAAGUUUUACAUCCAUUGUGAUGCAGCACUCAAUGGGCUGAUUAUCCCCUUCAUAAAAAAUAUGAUUAGCUUUAAGAAGCCAAUUGGGAGUGUCACAGUUUCUGGCCAUAAGUUCUUGGGAUGUCCAAUGCCUUGUGGCGUUCAAAUAACAAGAAAAAGUUGCAUCGCUAACCUCUCAAGAAAAGUGGAAUACAUUGCUUCUAUGGAUGCCACAAUUUCUGGCAGUAGAAACGGUUUGACUCCAAUUUUAUUGUGGUACAGUUUGAGCUCUAGAGGUCAAAUUGGGCUACAAGAAGAUGUUCAGAGAUGCCUCGACAAUGCCAAAUAUUUGAAAGAUCGUCUUCAACAAGCAGGGAUCAGUGUUAUGCUCAAUGAGUUGAGCACUAUAGUUGUAUUUGAGAGGCCUCUUGACCAUGAAUUUACUCGUCAUUGGCAGCUUUCUUGCGUGAGAAAUAUUGCACAUGUUAUUGUUAUGCCAAGUAUCACUAGAGAAACACUAGACGAUUUCUUCGUUGAUUUAGUGCAACAAAGAAAAAUGUGGUACCAAGAUGGAAGAGUUCAGCCUCCUUGUGUUGCGGAUGAUAUUGGUGCUCAGAAUUGUGCAUGCACUCAUCAUAAUGGUCAAUAUUCCUUAAAGGCAAAGAAGACCAUGGCCACAAUUGGAUGAAAUUUCAACGUGAAUUUGCCAUAAUUGGAUGGAAUUGUUGGUUCUUUUCCUAUUCUUGUUGUAUCCCUAUCGUUUAAAGUUUCUAUGGAUGUUUUCAUGUUUGGCCCGGUUUUGUCUAGGCUACUUAAGUACUUAUAUUGUGAUUUUCAAACUAGCUAAGUUGGCUAUAUGAAUACUGAGUAUUCAUUAUGUAGAUGGUCUAUUCAAUUGAUGAAUAAAUUACAGAUUUUCCAGUUAA